ACACUUCCUUUUACGUUUCUUUUGUUAGACAUUUUAGAGGAUCACAUUGACCGCUUUUUCCACAUUAAUAUAAUGAAAUUAAAAAAAAAAGGAGAAAAAAAAGGAUACGUUACCUUUCUCAGGAAAUUUUUAACCUUUUUAAAAAUUCUAUAAUAUAUGUCAAUUUCUAAUUGAUUCAACAUUUUAUAAGUAAAUUUCAACAACUGAUAUAUAUGUAACUAUGUAAGAUACUUUUAAGAAAGUUUUUAUGUAUUGAUAAUGAUGCUUUAGACGAUAUAUAUGUAACUAUGUAAGAUACUUUUAAGAAAGUUUUUAUGUAUCGAUAAUGAUGCUUUAGACGCAUUAACAAACUGACAGAGAAAAAUAAUAAUAAUUCGAUGUCUGUUUUCACUAUAACAAAACACACGACGAAUAUGAUAUGUGUAAUUUAUUAGGAAACAAACGCGUGGAAGAAACAAAAGCUUUGCUCCACUACAACGAUUGGCACGCCUGUUCAUCAUCGUUCCUUCCUUUAGUUUAAUGACAACACAACAGAAAAAUUAAAAAAAAAACCACAUUGUGGUGGCCUAGUGGUUUCCACUAGAGGAAGAGUUGCCCUGUUGGUCCAGACCAGGGAUCGAUUCUCCUCUAGUGCAAAAUUAUUAGCUCCACAUGUGGCCACGCGGAUAUGGAUCCAUGCUUACGGCCCAUUUGAAUACCCGGGAGAGGAUCCAUCUGUGGGUUGCACCUCCCACCUGGAGAUUAGGUCUGUGUUUUUAAUAGAUCCGGGUUUAACCCUUUUUUUCUACAAAAUUAAAAAAAAAACACAAAAAAAAUCAAUAAACCUUUCUCUAAAAAAAAGAAGAAAAUCAGUCUUUUACAGUUUCAUCUGAAAUUGACUAAAAAUGAAAGGUAUUUUUAUUUUAUCAUCUGAUAUUAUUAGAAAUAAAGAACUGAACAACCUCAGUUACCUAAGCCUGCAGAAACAUAAAUAUCUCCAGAAACUAAAACCCAACAUACAUGCAGCAAAUCCCAACCAUAGAAACCAUAUGAAAAACUUAAACAUUUAGACCUUGAACUAAAAUGACUAGAAUCUCAAACUAUCAGCAAUAGUCUCAACCUUAAAUUUAUCUUGAACUUAUGGAGAACAUAUGAACUAUGUUUAACGGGAAUGCCCUCGGCCAAACCACCGCAACUCGCUUCCUUCUAGACCAAAGAGAAAAACACCUCAAGAACCGAGUAACCAUAACUUCAACUACCGACAAAUAAGAAUCAUCUAUAGAUACCACACAUCUCGGAAGUGGCUGAGUCGAUCACGACUGUUGAACGCCUACGUAUGAAGUUUUUCAAGAACCAAAUCUCUGCAAGAUCUGCUAAAACAUCUAGAAGCCAAUCCCUUCCAAUCCAUGUCACAAUAAGCGCGGGCCAUCAAUGGCAUAAGACAGAUUAGAAAAGAAUCCACAGUCAUCUCCAAAAAGAAAAAAGAAACCUGUAAAAAGAAAGCAUACCAACAGCAAAGGAAAACUGCAAAAUCGACAAAUCUACCAGGAACUAGUUUAGAAAAACAAAGAUAAAAACUUUAUUGACAAAGCCACACCGUGAAUCCGCAGAUCCAAAAUUUUUAUCUUCAAAACCCAUUCUAGAUCUGACUUUGAAAUCAAUUUGGGGAAAAACCUGUCCUCACAAAAACAAGACACAACCACAACCUGAAGAGCCAAACAUGAAAAUAAUGAAAUGAAACCGAUUAGAACCGACACUGGCGCUAAGAGAGCCGCCACACACCGGUCAACAGUAGAAACGCAGAGGAAAGGAGGUUGAAGAUUAUGGGGGACUAAAGAGAGACCCCGUUAAAAAUUGCCUUAAAUGAAAAGUAUUUAUCACAUUUAAAUAACGCAAAUAAAUUACCAUAAAUUAAUAAAUUAAAUAGUACAUACAAACAUAACAGAAACAUGGUUCUCUCAUUGGAUUAAAUGACAUAGUGAUAGACAGUAUUUGUUGGGGCUGGGAAAUUAGAGCACUUCCAAUGGGGAUAGGUUGACGGACUUCUAUGAUGGUUAGGGGUGUCAAAAUGACGUGACUCCCUCAGCUCAAAUCAGAUCACAGUGAACUCGGAUCUUUCUUGAGCUAACUCAGGUUGGUUUAGUUAUAAUAUGAGGUUCAAUGUAUAAUCUUAUGUUAUAAUAUGGUCGUUAUGACUGUUUUUCAGUAAUCCUCUGUAAUUGGAUAUCCUACUUCCGUCACUGACUGGUAUAUGCAGAAGAAAGCAGCAUCUUUUCUUUAAGAGGGUUAAAUCUCGGGCCCUCAUUCAGAUUUUCCCGUCGCCACUGGUGGUUAGCUUCUACGAAUCACAUUUAUCUGUUUCUCAAAGCCGGUAAAUGGCGUCAUGAUCUCGUCACUGUCGUGGCGGUGUCACAUUUGUGUCUUGCUCAAUUCCAAGUUUCAAUAGUGGGUUGUUUGACUUGCUAUCAAUAAUGUUGCUUGGGUGACAUUUUCUGCAGGUCGUUAGAGUUAUGUCCGGUCGAUGUAUAGCUUAGAGGUGAGGCCUGCUUUUGGGAGGCAAAAGUGUGUGUUUCCGUCGGGUCUACGGCCACUCAUGGUUAUUGUCCUUCACCCGUUAUCUCUUUUUGAUCAUCUUGCACUUAAAUGACAGUGAAGAUUACAAGUUUAGACAAGUUCAUCGGGAUCCAGCUACUACAGAGACAACAUGGGAAUUCUCAGCACCCGAGUCAACGAGUAAUAUUAGGCUACAGAAGGGAUACGCAUUUUUUCUACCUGUUUUACAUAAUCAAAAUUCUGACCGCUUUGGUAUGCGAAGGUGCCGUUGACUGCCUCGCCUUUGCUUAUGUGGGAGAAAAUAUUCACGACAGAACAAGAAUAUCAGCAUUUAGCAUUUUAGCUGGUAUCAAAGUGAUCUCUGGACUUUGCGGAACAUUAGUUGCUCGAUUUCUACCUGUAGCAUUGAUUUUUAAGGUUUCAGCUAUAUCGUUUCUUGUUGGUCUGUUGUACAUGAGAAUUUUCCUAAAGGAAAGGAUAAACAAUGAUGAAGUUGGUGAUCAUCAUCAAGAUGACCACGCUAGCAGUGAGGUUACGAUGUUAGAAGAGCCGAUUCUGAAUGACACAACUAUUAAAACAAGUGUCUUUAACAAGAAGCAAUCUUCAUUGAAAGAUAUGAUAUUCUUGAUGAAAACUAGUACCAUAUUCGUGCAAGCAUUGGUUGUUACAUUCUUCAGCAGUUUCUCAGAUAGUGGAAUGCAGUCUGCUUUCUUGUAUUUUCUGAAAGCGCGUUUUGGCUUUGACAAGAAUCAGUUUGCUGAUCUCCUGUUGUUGAUUACCAUCGUUGGGUCUAUCUCUCAACUUUUUGUAUUGCCAAGAUUUGCUUCUAGCAUUGGAGAACGCAAACUUUUAUCUACGGGUCUUUUUAUGGAAUUCAUGAAUAUGGCCAUUGUCAGCAUUUCUUGGGCACCAUGGGUUCCGUAUCUCACCACUGUGUUUGUACCUGGAGCCAUAAUUGUGAUGCCAUCAGUUUGUGGUAUUGCUUCAAGACAAGCCGGACCCGGUGAACAGGGAAAAGUGCAAGGAUGCAUAUCUGGAGUGAAAUCUUUUGGGAAAGUUGUGGCACCAUUUGUUUUCAGUCCACUGACAGCGUUGUUCCUCUCCAACAAUGCACCAUUUUAUUUCCCUGGAUUCAGCCUUCUGUGCAUCGCCUUGUCUUCGAUGAUUGGUUUCUUGCAGAGCCUAAUGAUAAAAGAUGUACCUCCUCAACAAUUGAACAAAGAAAUCAACAACUGCUCGAGGGAGGAAGUGUGAUUACAGGAACUCACUAAUUAAGUAUAUAAAGAGAGUGUUCUUGAUUGUGUAGCAAACAAGUAAAUGAUUUCAGGAAACAAGAGAGCAUGAUGUCAGCAAUACAAGCUUUAUUUUGUUGCAGCCUUUCUUUGGGGUUUUCAUCGAUGACUAGGAACACAAGAGAGAACCGUAUAUAAUUUUGUCUAAAAGCCAGAGGUUUUCUGUGUGUCUAAUCUUAUGAAAAUCUCUAUUUUUAUUGUUAUCUUA